UCCCCCUUGCCGUGGGCCGUGACGUCAGUAUAGGAAGUCAUUGCAGAGCAACACUGGAGCGAUUAGCAGCAAAAAGGGGGAGCCUGAUGUCGAGGAGUCAGCCCUAUGUAUAUCUCUCUUUACGCCUCAACUUUUAACACAAAGUUCAAUAUCCAAACCCAAAAAGCAACGCGGAGGACGCAGACCCACACUUUGCUUCUUCGGCAUUUUCACCACUGAAUGUAGCGUCUUGGAGCCGCUUGUAAACGUGGAUUUUGUUUCUCUCUUGGGUUUAUUUGCCAACUGUUUUCAUUUUUUUUCCUGUUUUUGCUGUAACUCAGAGUUCAUUUUGCUGACUUUCUUCUGGUUUGCAUCGGAGGAGAAGCCUCUCACUGUUGUUAUGAAGACUUCAGCACUCCUUUGUUAAUAUGGAAGGAUCCAGCGGGUCGAGUUUUGGGAUAGACACUAUUUUAUCCAGCGCUUCUAAUUCUGGUAACCCCGUGCUAAUGAACGGAGACUUUCGGCUCGGCGACAGCAGGACAGCGGAUUUCAGGAGCCAGGCAACCCCGUCACCAUGCUCGGAGAUAGACACUGUGGGAACUGCCCCCUCAUCCCCCAUCUCGGUCACCAUGGAGCACGCCGCCGAUCCGCAUCUGGUCCAGGACAGCCUUCAGCAUCACCACCACCAUCACCACAACCAACCGCAGAGCUUGCCGCUGUCGCCGCAGCAGCAGCCGCUCGCCGGGGCUGGUUGCGCCCCGAGGACUGCCACCUCCUCCUUUUUAAUCAAAGACAUUUUAGGCGACAGUAAACCGCUGGCAGCCUGCGCACCUUACAGCACCAGUGUAUCCUCACCACAUCACACGCCAAAACCAGAAAGUGCCACGGCUCCGGACGGCUUCAGGCCCAAGUUGGAACAAGACGAAAACAGAGGCAAGUUGGACAGAAGAGACGACAUUCAAAGUGAAAUGAAAUGCAAUGGGACUAAAGAAGAAGGCGACCGGGAAAUCUCCAGUAGCAGAGACAGUCCACCGAUGCGCACGAAAAAGCCUCGCAAAGCACGCACAGCCUUUACCGACCACCAGCUCAACCAGCUGGAGAGGAGCUUUGAGCGACAGAAAUACCUCAGCGUGCAGGACCGCAUGGACCUGGCCGCGGCUCUCAACCUGACAGACACACAAGUCAAGACCUGGUACCAAAACAGACGGACGAAGUGGAAGAGGCAAACCGCGGUCGGAUUAGAGCUCCUGGCUGAAGCAGGAAACUACUCGGCCUUACAGAGAAUGUUCCCGUCGCCCUAUUUCUACCACCCGAGCCUGCUGGGCACCGUGGACAGCACGACGGCGGCCGCGGCGGCCGCAGCCAUGUACAGCAGUAUGUACCGGACUCCUACCGCGUCGCAUCCCAGCCUCCAGAGACCUCUGGUCCCGAGGGUGCUCAUUCAUGGCCUUGGGCCGGGGGGGCAACCGGCACUAAACCCCCUGUCUAACCCCAUGCCCGGCACACCGCACCCGCGAUAGAACUCGAAAUAAGUCGAGAAAAGACGGUGACCAGAAACCUGGUUGAACAGGAGAUAGUGAGGAACUGCAUCGGAACCACUUUGCAGGACUUGUUCUCUACACCCUGCCCCCCGACCCCCACCCCCCCAGAAAGACACAUUUAAAGACAUUUUACAGAAGUAAAGGAGGUAUUUAAUAAAGCCCAGUCAUAAAGACUUUCUGUCCGGCCGAGACAGACACAUGAACUGCUCAUGUCUGAUUGUUUGUUUGUCUUUUGUACAAAUACACUUACAUUAGCAAAUAAACUUAUAAAGUUUAUUAGAUGGAGAAGAACGGAAUGAAUAAAGAAGUAAUGAUACUAAUUGAA